AUGGCCGAGGUGAUUGAUCUGACCCUCGACGAUGCCGUGGCCGAGGACCCCGAGAUCUUGAUUCUUGAUGAGGACAAUGAACAGUCGCUUACCCCGUCUUCGGGCUGGGCCCAAAGAGGAGAACCGCCGACAAAGAGGCACCGAACUUCAAACGCACAGGGACCGGCCAACCAAGUCACGCCCCACCAGGCGCUGGCACCACCAGCAACUCCCGUGGCCGCUCCCCCCAAGCCUGUGCUUGGGGAUUGCCCCAUCUGUUACGACCAGUUUAUGCCCGACCGCAUCGACAUUGCUGUUUGCUGUGGCAAUGCUUUCUGUACCAAGUGUGCCAACAAGUUGAAGAAGCGCAAGGAAUCAUGCAGUUUAUGUCGCAAGAAAAAGUUCAAGUCGAUCAAGGUUCACGGACUUGAGCCCCGCUGA